ACUAAUAGUUGUACUGAGAGGAACAGGUAAGGCAAAUUUCGCAUGGUGCAGUCCUGCAAGUACCUUUUAAAGCCACACAAUGACAACUACAGCGACAAUCAUUUUGACCACCAAGUGGCGCUUCUGUUUAUUUAUCCAUCGGCUACAACAGCAAGCUCAUACACAUUAGGUGAGGUCUACCUGGCCCUACGUGCUUGCUGGCUGGUACGAUGCCCUCCCCUACUCCAACAACAACAAAGCAGUCUGGCUGUGUAUCACCAGUGAAGCUUGCCAAACUUCCCCAUCAGAGACUGAGAUGUGUCAUAAGGAUACACUACACCUCAGUCAGGUGGUGUGCCCACAGAGUCACUGAAGCACAAACAAAGCUGGUGAUAACCCGCCUACAACCAACAGCCAAAAAAGGCCCGUGGACACUGGACCUAUGUGGGAUAAGAUUGCAUGAGCAGAAAACUCAACAGUGGUACUUUGGUUUGGCAGCUGAUGUCUACCUUAAAGUGUUUAAAGUUGCAUAGGAUGACGACACCCACCCAGGAAUGAGGAAACUUCUUGGAGCUACUCAGAGGAGGGGGACAAGAGCAUCAUUGUCUUGUAUGAGCAUACAAGGAAUUGUUUUGAGCCAUGAAGCGCAGUAAGCACCGCGGACACAAGGAGGACAAACAUGGAGAUGAACCAGCUAUUCUGGAGACAGAGAACCUGGAUCGGGAUGGUACAUUCAUGGGAGGAGGCCCUGAUCCUGACACCAUCUCCCUGGCCUCAGUCACAGCCGUCACUACAAAUGUAUCAAACAAGAGAUCAAAACCAGACAUUAAGAUGGAGCCAAGCUCUGGGAGACCAGUAGAUUACCAAGUCAGCGUGACAGUGAUUGAAGCGAGGCAGCUGAUCGGACUGAACAUGGAUCCGAUGGUAUGCGUGGAGAUUGGAGAAGAUAAAAAGUACACCUCAAUGAAGGAAUCAACCAACUGCCCGUACUACAAUGAAUAUUUUGUAUUUGACUUCCACGUCCCUCCUGAUGUUAUGUUUGACAAAAUCCUGAAGAUAUCUGUAAUUCACUCCAAAAAUCUGCUGCGAAGUGGAACACUGGUUGGGGCUUUUAAACUAGAUGUCGGCACAAUUUACUCCCAGCCUGAUCAUCAGUUUUACCACAAGUGGGCUCUGUUGUCAGACCCAGAUGACAUCACAGCAGGCUGUAAAGGCUACGUCAAGUGUGAUAUUGCAGUUGUGGCCAAAGGAGACACUAUCAAGACUCCACAUAAGGCCAAUGAAUCAGAUGAAGAUGACAUAGAGGGCAAUCUCUUAAUACCAGAGGGGGUCCCGGCAGAGCGGCAGUGGGCUCGUUAUUAUCUAAAGAUCUACAGAGCUGAAGGGCUGCCCAGAAUGAACACCAGCAUCAUGGCAAAUGUCAAAAAGGCCUUUAUAGGAGAAAAUAAGGACCUGGUUGAUCCUUACGUCCAAGUACAGUUUGCUGGGCAGAAGGGGAAAACAUCAGUUCAGAAGAGCUGCUAUGAGCCUAUCUGGAAUGAGCAAAUAGUUUUCACAGAGAUGUUUCCACCACUUUGCAAGCGCAUGAAAAUCCAGAUCCGAGACUCAGAUAAGGUGAAUGAUGUUGCUAUUGGAACACACUUCCUGGACCUGCGAAAGAUUGCCAAUGAUGGGGACAAAGGCUUCCUUCCCACGCUUGGACCAGCUUGGGUCAAUAUGUACGGCUCCACGCGAACAUACACCCUGAUGGACGAGUACCAGGAGUUAAACGAGGGGCUCGGAGAGGGAGUGUCCUUCAGGGCCCGACUGCUCAUCAGCCUGGGCGUAGAGAUCCUGGAUACCUCCUCUCCUGAAAUUACCAGCUCCACGGAGGUGCAGCUGGAGGGAGUACCCAACAUCUCAGAGACUGCUACCGGGAAGGUUGAGGAGUUUUUCCUCUUUGGAUCUUUCCUUGAGGCCACCAUGAUUGACAGAAAGAUUGGUGAUAAGCCCAUCAACUUUGAGGUCACCAUAGGCUACUAUGGAAAUGAAAUUGAUGGGGUUGUCCAGCCAAAAGUCAAGGGGAGGAAGAAAGAUGGUGAUGAAGAGGAAACGGAACUGAUUCACAACUCCAGUGAAGAAGAGAUGGACGAUGACGGGGACCUGACAUCUGUGGCGACUACUCCUCCCAUGAAACCCGUCAUCACCGACCGAAACUACUUCCAUCUGCCAUAUUUUGAGAGGAAGCCAUGCAUCUACAUCAAGAGUUAUUGGCAGGAUCAGAGAAGGCGGCUGUACAAUGCCAACAUUAUAGACAACAUAGCAGAUAAACUGGAGGAUGGACUAAAUGAUGUGCAGGAGAUCAUCAAGACAGAGAAAGCGUAUCCCGAGCGUAGACUAAGAGGUGUCCUCGAGGAACUCAGCCAGGGCUGCAGUCAGUUUCUUGCAUUGGCAAACAAGGACCAGAACCAGUCGGGCAGAACCAAACUUGACAGAGAGAGACUGAAGCUGUGCCUGUCAGAAAUGGAGAGCAUUGGCCAGCAAGCUAAAACCAUGAGGACACAGGUGAAGAAGAGCACAGUGAGGGAUAAAAUCAAGCUCACUCAGAACUUUCUCACAAAGCUGCGCUUCCUGGCAGAUGAACCUCAACACAGUGUUCCUGAUGUCUUCAUAUGGAUGAUCAGUAAUGGGAAGCGCAUUGCUUACGCCCGGGUUCCUUCCAAAGACAUCCUUUAUUCUGGUGUAGAGGAGGAGAUGGGGAAGGACUGCGGCAAAGUCAAGACAAUCUUCCUGAGGAUUCCUGGUAAGAAAGGUUUUGGGCCUGCUGGAUGGACAGUCCAGUCAAAGCUUGAGAUUUAUCUUUGGUUGGGUCUGACCAGGCAGCGCAAAGACUACCUGAAUGGCCUGCCCAAUGGAUUUGAGGAAAACAAGUUGUCUAAAGGACCUGGUCUGCCAUGUUCACCCCCUAUCAGCCUCACCUACAUGAUGAAGCAGAUCUUCCAGCUUAGGGUCCACAUGUACCAAGCUCGCAGCCUGUUUGCUGCUGAUAGCACUGGUCUGUCUGAUCCCUUUGCACGCGUCUUCUUCUCAACACAAAGCCAGGUCACAGAGGUGCUUGCUGAGACUCUGUGCCCCACAUGGGACCAGCUGCUUGUCUUUGAGAACGUUGAGUUGUUUGGAGAAGCCACUGAACUGAGAGACGACCCUCCUAUAAUUGUCAUUGAAAUCUACGACCAAGACACAGUGGGUAAAGCUGACUUCAUGGGUAGAACUUUUGCUAAACCUAUCGUCAAGAUGGCCGACGAGCACUAUGGUCCUCCACGCUUCCCUCCCCAGCUGGAGUAUUAUCAGAUCUACCGUGGGAACUGCACUGCUGGAGAAAUGCUGGCAGCCUUUGAGCUGCUGCAGAUUGGUCCCAAUGGUAAAGCUGAUCUGCCUCCAAUAGACGGUCCCACAGAUAUGGACCGUGGCCCAAUCCUCCCUGUUCCACUCGGGAUCCGACCAGUGCUCAGCAAAUACAGGAUUGAGGUUUUGUUCUGGGGCCUGAGAGACUUGAAGAGGGUGAAUCUGGCUCAGGUUGACCGGCCUCGUGUGGACAUUGAAUGUGCUGGGAAGGGGGUGCAGUCUGCCCUCAUCCCCAACUACAAGAAAAACCCCAACUUCAGCACACUUGUCAAGUGGUUUGAAGUGGAUUUGCCUGAGAAUGAGCUGCUUCACCCUCCUCUCAACAUCCGAGUGGUGGACUGCAGGGCAUUUGGCCGCUACACUCUGGUUGGCUCAAAUGCUGUUACCAGCCUUCGGAAGUUCAUCUACAGACCAACAGACAGGCAGGCAAACAACUGGACCACUACAGAGGAAAUUAUUGUUGUCAGCAUGGAGACUGAGCCGUCCUUCAAGAAGAUGGAAACUGUUGUCAAACUGGACUCAUGCUCUGAUGCUGUGGUCAAAGUGGAGGAUGAUGACAAGGAUGGAAAGGGCAAAAAGAGGAAGAGGAAGAAGGGGGAUGAGAUUGAAGAGGAGGAGCUUGACGAGAGCAUGUUGGACUGGUGGUCCAAAUAUUUUGCCUCUAUUGAAACUUUGACAGAGUCUCUAAAGGCACAAGAAGCUGCUCUCUCAGAUACAGAGGACAAAGAUGAGAUGGACAUUGCGGAUGGUGGAGAUAUCAAACCUGAUGACUCUCCUGUGAAAGGCACAAAGAGAGGGAAAGGAAAGAAGGAGAAGAAAAGGCAGGUGGAUCCAUUUGAGAAGAAAAAGCCAAAACUGGAUGAGCUGAAGGUGUACCCAAAAGAGCUGGAGAGUGAAUUUGACAACUUUGAAGACUGGCUGCACAGUUUCAACCUUUUCAGGGGGAAAGGUGGCGAUGAUGACGACCAAAAUGUGACAGAUGAGGACAGAAUUGUUGGAAAAUUUAAAGGUUCACUAUGCAUGUACAAAGUGUCAGAUGACAUGCCUAGAGACAUGAGCUUCGACACCAACAUGGGAAUGUUUCAGAACAUUCCCCACAAUGAUCCCAUAAACGUCCUUGUCCGCAUCUAUGUAAUAAGGGCAACUGAUCUACAUCCAGCUGACAUAAAUGGGAAAGCCGAUCCAUACAUUGCAAUCAAACUUGGAAAGACAGAAAUCAAAGACAAAGAGAACUACAUUUCCAAACAGCUGAACCCUUUGUUUGGCAAAUCCUUUGACGUGGAAGCAACAUUCCCAAUGGAUUCCACUCUCACCGUGUCGAUUUAUGACUGGGACCUGGUGGGAACCGAUGAUCUGAUCGGAGAAACCAAAAUUGACCUUGAGAAUCGUUUCUACAGCAAACACAGAGCCACUUGUGGCAUCGCCUGUAACUACUCCAUCCAUGGUUACAAUGUUUGGCGGGAUCCAUUGAAACCCACACACAUCCUUGCUAAGCUGUGUAAGGAUGGCAAACUGGACGGACCUCACUAUGGCCCUGGAGGAAGAGUGAAGGUGGAAAAUCGCGUCUUCAUGGCACCGACUGAGAUAGAGGAUGAAAAUGGCCUGAAGAAGCAGACAGAUGAACAUCUGGCUCUAACCGUGCUGAGACACUGGGAGGAAAUCCCUCGUGUUGGCUGCAAACUUAUCCCAGAACACGUGGAAACCAGACCACUGCUCCACCCAGAUAAACCAGGAAUCGAACAAGGAAGAAUUGAGAUGUGGGUGGAUAUGUUUCCCAAAGAUAUGACUGCACCUGGCCCCGCCCUAGACAUAUCGCCAAGGAAACCAAAGAAGUUUGAGCUGAGGGUGAUCGUCUGGAAUACAGAUGAGGUCGUUCUGGAGGAUGACGAUAUAUUCACUGGCGAGAAAUCCAGUGACAUAUUUGUGCGAGGCUGGUUGAAGGGGCAGCAGGAGGACAAGCAGGACACAGACGUCCAUUACCACUCCAUCACCGGAGAGGGAAACUUCAACUGGCGCUUUGUCUACCCCUUCGAUUAUCUCAUGGCUGAGGAGAAGAUAGUCAUCUCGAAAAAGGAGUCUAUGUUCGCCUGGGAUGAGACUGAAUACAAGAUCCCUGCUCGUCUUAACUUGCAAGUGUGGGACGCUGACCAUUUCUCUGCAGAUGACUUCCUAGGUGCAAUUGAGCUGGACCUGAACCGCUUCCCCCGUGGUGCGAAGACAGCCAAGCAGUGCACCAUCGAGAUGGUGACAAAUGAAGCAGAAAUGCCCAUGGUCUCCAUCUUCAAACAGAAGAGGAUCAAAGGCUGGUGGCCAUUCGUGGCUAGAAAUGAAGAAGAUGAGUUUGAACUCACAGGCAAAGUGGAAGCAGAGUUGCACCUUCUGACAGGAGAGGAAGCAGAGAAAAGCCCGGCUGGUGAAGGACGUAAUGAACCAGAGCCACUAGAGAAACCCAACCGCCCUGACACCAGCCUUCUGUGGUUCCUCACUCCAUUCAAAGCCAUUAAACACUUGGUCUGCAACCAGUACAAGUGGCUGGUCAUCAAGAUUGUCACAGCGCUCCUGCUGCUGGCCAUGCUAGCUCUUUUUCUCUACAGCAUGCCUGGUUACAUGGUCAAGAAAAUGCUCGGAGCUUGAGAUGUUUCCUGACACAUCUCUGCAGAAGCCGUCCAGAUGUGGCCCUCCUCUGGUUCCUGAUCCCCCUCAAAGCCAUCAAGCACCUCAUGUGUGACCAGUACAGGUGGCUGACCAUCAAGAUCGUGACUGCUCUCCUGCUGCUCGCCAUCCUGGGUCUUUUUCUGUACAACAUGCCGGGUUACAUGCCGCCCUGAUAUCGCCCUCCUCUGGUUCCUGAUCCCUUUCAAGGCUGCGAAACACCUGAUAUGUGACCAGUACAGGUGGCUGACCAUCAAGAUCGUCACCGCUCUCCUUCUGCUCGCCAUCUUGGCUUUGUUCCUCUAUAACAUGCCAGGUUACAUGGUGAAGAAAAUGCUGGGGGCUUGAGUCAUCUAUUGAUUUUAACAUUUUACACAAAUAACAUUGCUUAACUUGUUUUUGAAAGUGUUUUCUUUGCCAUUUUGACAGACACCACCUGUGUAGAUUAUAAAUGUUGGUGUGACUACAGUAUUUCACAUGUAAUCGCUCAAACCCAGCCCACUCCACAGCAACAGUUGGUUUUAUUUUGUUCAAAGUCUUCAUACCAGUAUAGUUUUUUUCUUGUUGUGGUUGCUAAGGUUAAAGUUCACCUUUUUCCCAGUUUAUUAACUCUACAGUUUGUCAACAGUUUGCAGUAUUUGUCUGACAUUUGAAUUUGUGAAUAAACUCCGCAUUUCUAAUCUCAAAAUCUUCCACUGUCUUUGAUUCAGGCCUUUUUCUAACCACAGCCCUCAUAAGCUGAGGUAAAAAAGAGUCUUGGAACUAUCAGGUAAAGAAAAAGAAUGCAAACGUUGGGCAUUCAGACAAAAAAAAUCGUAAUGAGGGGGAUUUGCAAAUUGCCCAUGAAAAUAUCCUAACUGCCUGCUUUAACCUAUUUUAUUAAUCUUAUAAAACACAACUUCAACCUUAAAGCCUUAAUUUUCAGCUUUAAUUUCAGCUUAGUG